UCUCUCUCUCUCUCUCUCUCUCUCUCUCUCUCUCACACACACACACACACACUGCACAGUCGCGUGCUCAGAUUGGAAAGCGUGCACACUGUAUUUUUUUUCUCUCCUUUCUCUCCAAACUGCGGGAUAACCGAAGGGAGAAAAUGGUGCCAAAGAGCUCGGUUUUACUCCUCACUCUAUUUAUCUGUUACUUUACUCAGGAAGUCGGCGCCCGGGUGUCGCUGACUAUGAAAGAUGUCGUUGAAGUGUAUAAAGGGGAUUCGGCUGUCAUCCGCUGCCAGUACAAUUUCACCCAACAUCCCAGCAUGGUCAUGGUGCAAUGGUUUGUGCGUGGUCCUGGUGGUAGAAGAGUGAGGAUCUCCUACAGCGACCUUUCCAUGCAGAAGGUGGACGAGAACACAACCUAUACAGACCGCAUCAGCAUCGCAGGGGACACCAGCGCCGAGAACCUGACCGUCGUAGACGUCACGCUCUCGGACGAGAGGGAGUUCUUCUGCCAGGUCAACGGCCUUGCUGCUGGCAACGGAGAGGGCAGGACCCACCUGAAGGUUUUCAACCCUCCAGAGCCUCCUUUGAUAGAUGCAGUAGAUUCUGGAGUUUCAGUGACCAAUCCAUUACCGUCAAAGAUUGCAACCUGCGAAACAAGAGAAGGCUUCCCCAAACCGAACAUCACCUGGUAUCGCAAUCUUGAGCCUCUGCAUCCCAAAAAUGGCCAGGUGAACGUGGUUACCCUGGUGACCAAAGGACCCAGCGGACUGUUCACAGUCGAGAGCGAGCUGCAGUAUAAAGUUGCAAGGGAAGACGGCGAGGCUGUGUUCUCAUGCGAGGUCAGCUAUCACGUUCCAGGGGCGAUCCGAACGGCCGAAUCCAGAGGCGUCAACAUCACGGUGCACUACCCAACAUUCAAUGUCGAGAUGUGGAAGGAUUCGCCGAAGGGCCUGGUCAAGGAGGGGGACACGGUGGAGAUCCGUUGCCAGGGUGAUGGCAAUCCCCCACCGACUUUUACUUUCAGCCGAGAACAAGAGCCCGAUGUGGGUCUGGAGGCAGAAGAAGACAAAGUGCUGGUCCUGAAGGAUGUGACACGCAGAGACAGUGGCAUGUACCGGUGCCAAGCGCUGGACCUGGACUCAGAGAACUCUGACGUAGGGGCGAGCUUGCAGCUUAUCGUGAACUAUCUUGACCCAGCUGUAGUGAUUCCCAAAGACUCGGAGAUCAUGCUGAAGGGAGAAAGGCUGACAGCCACAUGUAACGCUUUGUCCUCUCUAGAGACAUCCACCGUGUGGUUUAAGGACGGCGUAGAGAUAAGACGAGGACACGUGAUGCUGCUUCAGGACGCCACAUUCGACACGGCCGGACGUUACGAAUGCGAGGUGACCGUUCCCGACAUACCAGGCCUGCACACCAGCGGAUCGGUGCAUAUAAUAGUGCACGGCGCUCCUGAGCUGAGGGAUGUGGAGAGGGAGGUGCCCAUGAUGGAGAGGGUGGGAAAGUGGCUGAACCUGACCUGCGAAGCGAGAGGUUUUCCUCGACCUGUUAUUACCUGGAACAUAACCGGCAGCCCUAAUUCACGUGAGGUGGUAAAGAAAGAGACAGAUGAUGUUGUCCAAAGCAUCUUGACUCUGAAGGUGACCAUGGACACGGUUGCUAUGUGCAGCGCAACAAACACGAUGGGUGCCGACACCAAGAACUACACCAUCACAAGCAUUCCUCUCGUAACCCCGACAGCGAGGAAGGAUGCAGUCGAUAACAGCGGCGUGAUGAUCGUGGUCAUAAUCAUCAGCCUUCUCCUCGUAGCCAUCUUGGGCAGCGUGCUGUACUUCCUGUACAAGAAGGGAAAGCUACCCUGUGGACGUUCUGGCAAACAGGAGAUCACCAAAGAGACAGCCAACAAGGAUAACAUUGUGGUGGAGAUGAAGGCGGAGAAAACGGAGAAGACGGAGAAGUCGGUACUACUGAAGGGCGUCAAUGGCAACAACAAACCUCCAAGCGACCAGUAAAGUACACUGAGCUGCACAAAUAACCUACGAAACCAAGGACAAGAUUUCAGCUGAAGUCCAUUCACUGUCCUCUUACCAACCGAACAACCAAUAGAUACACGGAUACGAAUAACGUCUGCUGGAACAGGAGCGUCUUCUUCAUUCGUUUACCAGCUCUGCUCAUUCCCGAUUGGACGUAUAGAACUAAAGUGAGCUCGUUCAGUUGUGCCAGUUUUUUUUUUUUUUUUAAUAAAUACUACUGUUUUUCUUUUUGUUGUUCCCAACCACCCGAGGAAUUCACUGUCACAUUAUUUCAAUGUACGACCAUUAUAACCUUUAAAAAAAAAAAAAACAACGUGUAUAUCCUAUAUGUAAAAUUUAGCCAAUUGAAUUAUACAGCAAAUUAGAAUCGGCCGCUCGGAAAUUUUCUUACUUGAACUGCAGAAAAAAUAUCAUUUAGCUAAAAGGUCAGAAUAAUGGCGGGAUUUCCAUAUUUAAAAAAAAGCUUUGUACUUUAGAACACUAUUUCUAUAAACUGUACGACAUCACAAACACCUCCACAGAGUAAAACACUAGACGGAAAUAAACACAUUCCUCAAUGCUUUUUUUUUUUCUUUUGUUUUUUUUGCAGUAUGAUGGCAUGGUUCUCCUCUGAAGCUUAUGGCCGUAUAGUAACUCACUCACAAACAGUCAAAUUAGGUUCGAUCCUUUUUUUUUAGCCGACGAGAGAAGCCGAUCAUCAUACCGACGAAUAAACUUUAUACAAGAGUGUCGAGCCAGACAUUACUUUGGAGGUUUGUUUUUGUUACUCAGAGACUACUGCUUUUGUAAAUAGUGUCAGCAGACUAAACUGUAGCUGCGUUUUGACUGCUGAGCAGAUUCACAGCUCCCUCUUCUUUUUUUCUCUCUGCCUCAUGUUCAUCAGCCGCAACGUCUGACUGUUCGGUUAACGUCCAUGUUUGUUACACUGAGACUUCUUUUUUUUCUUUAUGCUCGUUCAUGUUUGCUCAAAAGUUUGUUUUGUGUCCUUAAACCAUUGGGGACGAGUCGUGGGAAUUUUAAAGAGGAGAUGUUACACGUAAGGUUUAUUAACCUCGAGCGAGAGUCCGUCCGCUAUUAAUGGCAUAACGUCUGAAGGCUGAAUUAGGUAAGAAGUGAUUUGUGUGUUUAUCCGUUUUAAAUCCGAGCCUGCUGUGAUGUUCUGCUGUGUUGUUUUAUUAUUUAUGUUAAUGAAAAGGGUUUUAUAGGCUAAUCUGAUAGCUAUAAGCUUCACUUAUUUUGUUAGCCUUGUAUCACUGCAACACAAAUAUCUCAAGCAAACUUCAGACCCAAAAUUUAUUUCUAAAUUGAUUUAAUUUUUGGCAGAAGUAAUAAUUUAACUGCUGUAUACAGUAUGUGGAAGUCUUUAAGUUUCGGUUACCUUUUAUGGACACCAGUUCAGAUGUUAAUAUAAAGUCAGUGCUUUGGUCUUUUAUAAAGAUCGACCGUACGUCAUCCCACGGCCGUCGAAAAGCACCCCAGCUAUUUUACCUUCCGUCCGUCGUCGGAUGAUUCGUUCUUGUGACGGAUCACACGCUUUAUUUUGGCCUCGCAUCCUGUUAUACCUGGAACACACAAAAUUAUAGGUUAGGUUGAAUUUUGUAACUUAACCUCUAGUGAAUGUUCCAGCAAAACAGCUAUAAAAGCAUGGUUUAAAUUCUACAAAUUCUUUUAAACUCAACAAACAUUCUACUAGACUACUAAAAUAUUGUCAAGUGUCUCAUCCUCACGGCUCGACAAGACAAACCGGAUCGAGUGUGUAUAUAAACCUGUUCACCUGUGCGGUUCCUUGUUUUUGUAGUAAUGUUAUAGUUCUGCUUAUGUGUGUAAAUUAAGACCAUGUGAUUUGAUGCUUGUGUUUUUUAUACACUGUAAUUUUCUUUUUUUCUUUCUUUUUUUUUGCAUAAACAAUGCCAAAUAAAGAUAUGUUACACUCUAAA